AAAUGUCAGACAGAAACAACUGAAAAAGAGUCAUCUCUCUGACCAGGAUGGCUGUGAAAUGGACUGCGGCUUUUCUUCUCCUACAGCUGAGCUGUUGCUUCAGCUCUGGAAUGUGUGGAAAGGUGCUGGUGUGGCCCACGGAAUACAGCCACUGGAUCAACAUAAAGACCAUCCUGGAUGAACUUGUCCAGAGAGGCCAUGAGGUGACUGUGCUGGCAUCUUCAGCUUCCAUUCUCGUUGAUCCCAGCAAAACAUCUGCUAUUAAAUUUGAAGUUUAUCCUACAUCUCUAACAAAAGAUGACUUUGAGGGUCUUUUUGUCAAAAUGGUCAAUGAAUGGAUAUAUGAUAUUCCAAAGGAUUCAUUUUGGACACAUUUUUCACAAGUAGAAAAACUCACAUGGAAAUAUUCUGAAUGUGUUCAAAAGCUCUGUGAAGAUGUAGUUUUCAAUAAGAAACUCAUGAAGAAGCUACAGGAUGCAAAAUUUGAUGUUGUUCUUGCAGAUGCCGUUAGUCCCUGUGGGGAGCUGCUGGCCGAGAUACUUAAAACCCCCCUGGUGUACAGUCUGCGCUUCUCUCCUGGAUACUCCUUUGAGAAGCACAGUGGAGGACUUCCCUUCCCUCCUUCCUACGUUCCUGUUAUUUUGUCAGAAUUAAGUGAUCGUAUGACAUUCAUGGAGAGGGUGAAAAAUAUGAUAUAUGUGCUUUACUUUGACUUUUGGUUCCAAACAUUUAAUAUGAAGAAGUGGGAUCGGUUUUACAGUGAAGUUCUUGGAAGACCCACGACUUUAUAUGAGAUGAUGGGGAAAGCUGAGAUGUGGCUCAUUCGAACCUACUGGGACUUUGAAUUUCCUCGCCCACUCUUACCGAAUGUUGAGUUUGUUGGAGGCCUCCACUGCAAACCUGCCAAACCACUAUCACAGGAGAUAGAAGACUUCGUCCAGAGCUCUGGAGAAAAUGGUGUUGUGGUGUUUUCUCUGGGGUCAAUGGUCAGCAGCAUGAAGGAAGAAAGGGCCAAUGUGAUUGCUGCAGCCCUUGCCCAGCUCCCACAAAAGGUCCUGUGGAGAUUUGAUGGCAAGAAACCAGACACUUUGGGAUCCAAUACUCAGCUGUACAAAUGGCUGCCCCAGAAUGACCUUCUUGGUCACCCCAAAACCAAGGCUUUUGUAACUCAUGGUGGAGCCAACGGCAUAUAUGAGGCCAUCUACCACGGGGUCCCCAUGCUGGGCAUUCCUUUGUUUGGGGAACAAGCUGACAACAUGGCUCACAUGAGGGCCAAGGGAGCAGCUGUCACCUUGGACUUCACCACGAUGUCCAGUGCUGAUUUGCUCAGUGCUCUGAAGAUGGUCAUUAAUGAUCCCAUAUAUAAAGAGAAUGCUGUGAGGUUGUCUAAAAUUCACCAUGACCAGCCAAUGAAGCCCCUGGAUCGAGCGGUCUUCUGGAUCGAGUUCGUCAUGCGCCACGGAGGAGCCAAGCACCUGCGGGUUGCAGCCCACGACCUCAGCUGGGCCCAGUACCACUCCCUGGACGUGAUUGGCUUCCUGCUGGCCUGCGGGGCAGCUGUGAUGUUCGUUAUCACAAAGUGCUGUCUGCUCUGCUACCGGAAGUUUGCUACCCCAAGGAAGAAGGGGAAACAGGAGUAGCUGGGUCCCAGAACUGAAGCUGGGAUCCUGACCUGUGGGUCUCCCGGGUGAAUGCCAGCAAGAGGGGCGUUAUGGAGAUUCUCCUCCUCCUGGGACAAAACAUCUUUCUCUACUUACCUGGUCAAGUCAGAAUUUCCAGAGAUUUAGUUCCUAUUUGAAAGAUAGAAUUAUCCCAUGUUGAACAUUGUUAAAAACUGGAAAAUAUAAAAAUCAUAUAAGUUAAAAUAGUAUAUGGAUAAAUGUAUUGUUCUAAUUCACAAAUUAUAGAAACAAAUGUACUGAGCUUAGCUAUAUUUCACAAAUUGUGUGUGGACAGAAGAACAGUAACAAUUCCACUCACGGUAUCAAUACUCAGAAUACUUUUAUCUAGAGCAGAAUUUUGUUGUUAUAAGUAUUACUCAAAAAACUAUACAAAGAUUAGUUUCUACAUAAAGUCUCUCCUGGCUUUUGCUAUUGUGAGACGGGUACUGCUGCUUUGCUCCCCCUGGGCAUGCAGCCCCUGAACCUUCUUCUCUAGAAGACACCACGACACUCGCCUUCUUAGGACCUGAGGUGUUUCCCAGGGGACGUGUGUGCCUUAGAAAUGCAUCAUCUCCUGUAAAACUGCUUUUUACAAUUUUAAUGUAAAAUUGAACUAGCUUACAAACUAUUUGGUUUCACAAACAAAUUUUUCAGGCCAUUUCCAAAGAUUUUUCAGACUAGUUUCAUUCCUAUUUUCAGGCUUUUAUACCAGAUGUACAGUCUCAGUGUUAAGGUGUGAUGACACAGAUGUGCACACACAGGAUAACGCAGCACUGUGAAGGGACUUGCUGAGCUUUCCAUCUCUCUAAACAUACAUGAUACACACAUAUCCAUUUCUUUCACAAUAGGACACAGCACCACUUAACUACCUAACAAAUAUGUUGUAAAAUUCACUGUGUUUUUUGAAAACAGCUUGAAAUGAUGGCAUUAUUGUAUAUGGAUCUGCUUUAGAUGAUCAUGUAGAAUUUCUCAUUCUUUUCACAGAAGUCUUGUUUCAUUUCUCCCAUAACGCUGGAACAGAAACUUUUCUUCCUUUACAAUUAUUAAAAAAUAGGAUAAUCAUCAUUUUUAUGAACCUAAAAUUGUUGUGUUUACCAAUAGACAGUAAAAAUGAAAGGAAUAAAAUAAUUAUGUGAAAAA